AUGGACCUUGCGGGGAAGACCAUUGACACCCUGAACGGUCCUGCGGAGGGAUCAAGAUGUCUUCUCCAGGCAUACGGGGAACGGCGACCGCCGACAGCCUCAGAUCUAACGGUUGAGUGCUUGAUUAUGCUUGAUUACUCGAUUCUUCACGGCAGACGUGCGGGGUGGACCAGGGCACAGUCAGAUGUCAGAUCCUGGCCCACUGCUUCCGCUGUGGAUCAUGCCGAAACAGCCAGGGCGUCCACUAGACAUGGGUCGGUGGAGAGCUGCACCGAGUGCCCUCAUGAUCAGACUUCAGGGCUCUUCUGGGACCAAUCCUCAUAUAAACUGGCUGACGGCAUGAAGACUAACAAAGCGGCCCCCAUUCAUUCCUUCGCAUCCUUCGGUCUUUCCGCUGAUGGCUCUCACCCAGGCCAUUCAAGUCAUCUCCGACUCUCAACUGAAUGCAUUGAACAACGAGUGGCGAGGCAAAUUCGUGUGCGAAACCCAAUUCCUGUUUGCAAGUUCACGCUAUUCCUAGGAUGUUGGUCUCCGCGUCCGUCAUCAUAUGGCCCGUUCAGCUCGAUUUACAGACCGGAACCGGAUUCUAGAUUCGUUGAAUAUCAGUGGCAAUGUGCAUUAGCGCGUGCGAAAAUUCGUCAGACAAUUCGGCAUUCAUGGAAGGAUGACUCUGAAAAGACCAGACCUCUUGUGAUGAUGACGUGCACCUUGAGGUGCAUCAUGAGGCUUCAACUGGGGCCAAAUAUCACAUCGGUGGAGGUAUAA